UGUGCAUUGGCUGGAACUCGCAUUGACCGCCCAGCCAGCCACAUGUAUAAAUCCAGCGAGCUUCCCAGAUUCCUAAAGCCGGUACAGCCCAACCAACCACUGAUUUACCAAACACCAUGGCGCCCCAAUUCAACCCCAAUGAUUACUCCCGCUUUGUCAACUUUGACAUCUUCGAGACUGUCUACAAAGUUGUCCGGGGCCACGAGAUUGCCUGCCACGUCCUCGUCCCAAAGGCGUUAGUAGAACAAGCUCGAGAUACACCGACCAGCCCCAGGCCUAUAAUACUCCGAAUCCAUGGCGGCGGCUUCAUUUCUGGCUCCAGUCUGUUCCCAGAUUUCUUCUCGCCCUGGCAUCUUCAGUUUGCGUCGCGUCACGAAGCCGUAAUAGUGAGCUGCGACUAUAGACUGGCACCUGAGGCCACAAUGGAUGAAAUCAUUGCCGACAUCGAUGACUUCCUGACCUGGACCCGCACUAAGCUCCCGGAAUUCAUCAGCGGCAAAGCGAAGAUUCAAGUCGAUACCACCCGCAUCCUGGCGGCUGGAGACAGCGCAGGCGGUUACCUCAGCCUCAUUACCGGCCUGAAUCAUGCCUCUGAGGUUCGAGCUGUAACAGCAGCCUACCCUUUGGUUGACGCCAAAAGCCGCCACUUCACUGAGGCGUAUGAAAAGCCAAUGUUUGGGUUCCCCCAAAUGCCAGCUAGCCUAAUAGAUGAGCACAAGGCCAAUCUGAAGAAUGGGGAAUUUUCUUCUAUAAUCUCGGCUGACCCCCGGGUCCAACGUGCCGCGUUGAUGUUCAGCUAUAUCCAGAACGGCAAGUUUGAAGAGCUCAUUCCCCUCAACCGAAGAGAUCUUUCCAUUCUAGACAAAAUGGAAGAUGGUGCCAGAUUUCCUCGAGGCGGUGUGUUUGUCUGGCACGGCAAAGAAGAUAGCGUUGUGCCGGUGGAAGGCAGCGUCAAGCUAGCUGACAAGAUCAAGGAGCUGGACCCAGAUCUUGCCUUUACGCUUGCUGUAUGUGAGGGUGAUCAUGGUUUCGACGCAACCUUGUCGAUUGAUGAGCAAUGGUUUUCUGAAGGGCUGAAGCCUUUGGUCUCUGCUUGGCUGGAGUAGGCUUCGACAUCGAAUUCUCCUCAAUCGAGAGUAUCACAGUAUACUGAUCCAAUUGAUGAGAUACCAGAUAAAAAGAUCACCCACUUAGGCCAAGAGACUUGUGUUGAUAAAAUGUACGAUAUAAAAUCUAUACUAAGCCUACUGUCUGUAAACGCGGCAAGAAGGGGCAACUAGCCGUUGGGAUAAGCUGUGAAGUCGGUGAGUUUAUACAGCAGAAUUUUAAAGCUAAGGGCCUGAUCGGUGAGCCUCUGAAUAAUCACAAAAGGCCGCACAGUGACCUCGGCCGCAAGUUAUUGUCAGACAUUACGUGGAUUCGGACCAUUGAUGCAGAAUUGUG